UUUGUUAUCUUGACGCGCGCCGCAGAUACGAUCGCCACGCGCGCGCGCGCACACAUACGCGUCUUGCAGAGCGUGCGGCUGCGCGCGGCACACGGGGGUCCUUCGCGGACGCACGUCACCGGUUCUUCCGUCCUUCGUACUCGAGAUGUGAUGAGCUCCCGGUUUUGUGUUUAAUCUCCGCGAAAGGUGAAGACUAAACGGCCUGGCACCAUGCGCGCGGAGCCCGGCCCGGAGCGGAGGCAGGCCGGACAGCACGGACGGACGGAUCAUCCCGCCGAAGUGACUCGGCACCGAGCAGACCAAACCGCGCAGCGCCCGUGAGCUCAUCGCCGAAUCGGAAGGGAGCGCAAACAUGCCGGUGCGGCGCGGUCAUGUGGCCCCGCAGAACACGUUUCUGGGGAUUAUCAUCCGCAAAUUCGAGGGUCAGAAUAAGAAGUUUGUGAUAGCGAACGCACGUGUGCAAAACUGUGCCAUCAUCUUCUGUAAUGAUGCAUUUUGUGAGAUGACCGGCUUCUCGCGGCCGGAUAUCAUGCAGAAGCCAUGCACAUGCGACUUCCUCCACGGCCAGCUUACCAAGCGCCAUGCUGUGGCCCAGAUAGCCCAGGCCCUGCUGGGCUCAGAGGAGCGAAAGGUGGAGAUCACCUACCACCGCAAGGAUGGUUCUGAUUUCCUGUGUAACACCCACAUCAUCCCAGUGAAGAACGAGGAGGGUGUGGUCAUAAUGUUCAUACUGAGCUUCGACUACAUUCUGGAGGAGGGCAGCAUGGACUCACUAGAGCACCUCAACCACACGUCACCGUCCAAACCCCACCACAGAAAAGGCCGUUUUUUCCGUUUUCGCCUCCCUAUGCCAUUAAGCAUGCUGGGUGUGAGUAAGCAGUCUCUCCCUCAAGAGGACCCGGAUGAGGUGACCGUCCACUCACCCGAGCGGAUCGAGCCACGUUCCUCCUGUUCCUCCUCCCUCUCUCUUUCUCUCUCCCCACAUGAGCUUCGCCCCCCAACUGCUGACAGCUGCAGCCCCUCCUAUGCCAACGACACCAGGGCUCUGAUUGGCCAGAGCCUGCUGGGCUCAUCUUCGCCUGUUUCGGGACCCCAGGACCACUCUUCUCCACAAGGGCCGUGGGAAAGGCCGGCCCCCCAUGGCUCCGUGGGGACCCACUCUGCCUCUGGAGGGCAGUCCCGUGGGAGUGUGUGCACACUGCGCAGAGCAUCGUCCACCCACGACCUUGAGGGCUUCAGUGCACACGUGGAGAGGACAUAUCGGGACCGGCACGCUAGCGAAGACAAUGGUCGUAACAUUAAAGUAUCGCGCUCUUGGAUGGCUGGGGGGCCGUUUAACCAGAUCAAGUGCAGUCUACUGGGCUCCACGUCUGACUCGAACCUCACAAAAUACAGCACCAUCAACAAGAUUCCCCUCAUCACGCUGAAUUUCUCCGAGACAAACAACGAAAAACGCCCCCCAUCUCCCUCCUCCUCAGAGAAAACCAUCAUCGCACCAAAGGUCAAGGAUCGCACACACAAUGUAACCGAGAAGGUCACACAGGUGUUGUCGCUAGGCGCUGAUGUGCUUCCAGAAUACAAGCUCCAGACACCACGAAUCAACAAGUUCACUAUCCUGCAUUACAGCCCCUUCAAGGCAGUGUGGGAUUGGCUGAUCCUGCUGCUGGUCAUCUACACAGCCAUCUUCACACCCUACAGUGCCGCUUUUCUGCUCAACGACUUAGAGGAGCAGAAGAGGCGUGAGUGCGGCUACUCCUGCAGCCCACUUAAUGUGGUGGACCUGAUUGUGGACAUCAUGUUCAUCGUGGACAUCCUUAUCAACUUCCGCACGACAUAUGUCAACACCAACGAGGAGGUUGUCAGUCACCCAGCCAAAAUCGCAGUGCACUAUUUUAAAGGCUGGUUCCUCAUAGAUAUGGUGGCAGCCAUUCCCUUUGACCUUCUCAUAUUCGGAUCAGGGUCAGAGGAGACUACAACUCUAAUUGGUCUGCUGAAGACAGCUCGGCUUCUGCGAUUGGUCCGCGUGGCACGUAAACUGGACCGUUACUCGGAGUACGGUGCUGCAGUUCUUAUGCUUCUUAUGUGUAUAUUUGCUCUGAUUGCUCACUGGCUGGCCUGUAUAUGGUAUGCCAUUGGCAAUGUAGAGAAGCCCUAUCUGGAGCACACCAUUGGCUGGCUGGACAACCUGGGCAUGUCCAUCGGGAAACAGUACAACUACAGUGACCCCUCUUCGGGUCCAUCGAUCAAAGACAAGUAUGUCACUGCGCUCUAUUUUACAUUCAGCAGUCUGACGAGUGUGGGCUUCGGAAAUGUCUCCCCGAACACCAACUCAGAGAAGAUCUUUUCCAUCUGUGUCAUGCUUAUAGGAUCCCUGAUGUACGCCAGCAUCUUUGGAAACGUGUCGGCCAUCAUCCAGCGGCUGUACUCAGGAACAGCACGCUACCACCUGCAGAUGCUCCGGGUUAAAGAGUUCAUCCGCUUCCACCAGAUUCCCAACCCGCUCAGGCAGAGACUGGAGGAAUAUUUCCAACACGCAUGGACUUACACCAAUGGCAUCGACAUGAACAUGGUGCUGAAGGGUUUCCCGGAGUGUCUGCAGGCUGAUAUCUGUCUGCAUCUCAAUCAGUCUUUGCUCCAGAGCUGCAAAGCCUUCAAGGGAGCCAGUAAAGGGUGUUUACGAGCAUUGGCCAUGCGCUUUAAGACCACUCACGCCCCGCCGGGUGAUACCUUGGUACAUUGUGGGGAUGUGCUCACAGCUCUCUACUUCCUGGCCCGUGGAUCUAUAGAGAUUUUGAAGGAUGACAUAGUAGUAGCCAUUCUGGGCAAAAACGACAUCUUUGGUGAGAUGAUUCACCUCUACGCCAAGCCUGGAAAAGCCAACGCUGAUGUGCGGGCACUCAGCUACUGUGAUCUCCACACUCUGGAAAGAGAGGAGCUGCUGGAGGUGCUGGACAUGUACCCAGAGUUUGCAGACUACUUCUGGUCCAACCUGGAUCUCACAUUCAACCUGCGUGAUGACAAUGCAAAGUUCACUACUGUUCGCCAGAGGAAUCUGUACACUGCAGUGAGUGACUCAGACCAGGAUGAAGAGAACAGCAGGUCUCAAGCCUGCUUUAAGAGCAAGCCAUCUGCAGGCACCCCAAGCCGUCAGAGAGAGGCAGAGAAAGAAAGUGGGAGAGAUAUAGAUGCGCACCCCCUCCAGCAUGAAGAGGAAGAGGGGGAGGAAGAGGAAGAGGAGAAGAGGAGAGACGAGAAAGAGGAGGAUGAAAAAGAAGAGAAGAGAAAGCUGGGCUUAGGGGUGCUGGGCCACUCCCUCCCUCUGAACCUCAGCACCCUCACUGACUCGCACACUAUGGACUGUGCUGGGAACACAGCGUUUUACAGUGAUGUGUGUGCUGAAGAAUGGCCUUGUGGGAACGCUGAUGACUCAGCACAAUCUCAGGACAAAGAGGGCGGAGCCGACUGCGAAAGUGACAUCACGUUUGGGGAAAUGGAGCAACGACUAGACUUGCUGCAGGAACACCUGAACAGACUGGAGGCUCAGAUGACGUCUGACAUCCAAGCUAUUCUGCAGCUGCUGCAAAGGCAGAGUGCACUGGGACCCCCAGCGUACAGUACAGUAGCCUCCAGCCCGGAAUACCACAAACCAGCCAUCAGAGUGCAGCCUGUUAUACAGACACAGAGUCCUGAUAUAGAAAUGCCUGAUGACAAAUCCAAAGACUCCGCACUCACUGCUACCAUGGAGACAACCUCUGAUGAAAGCAGGAUGACCCCACUGGUGAGGGACUCAGAGUGGGAGGUGGAGAUCGAACUAAAGCAGAGGGAAAAGGAACAGUCUGAUUCGCCACAUAGGAGGGCUCUCCAGCUGUCAGUCAGACAGGCUUCCCUCCCUGACUCAUCUCCUAGCAACGGCGGACCACUAGGGCUCCACAGGCCCUGCUCUGAUCCUGGACUUCCAGGGAAGUAGCAUUAGGUCAAUGGCCAUGAUUAUGAUGCAUUAUUACAUAAAUAUUAAUGUAAUUAAGAUGGAUAUGUAUGUGAGCUCCUGGGAGGCACAUAAGAAAGCCUGAGUUUGAAUCCUGAUAAUUCAAGUCCAAGAUCAUACAACUGGCCCUCCUGCUCUCGGAGCCCACAGCUGUCCUAUGACGCUCCUAAGAAGCACAUACUGCUAGAUUCCUUGGGGGUAAGCUUUAGACAAGUGGGAAUUUGCAACAAUUAACAUUGGAUACAUACUUGGAUAAAACAAAAGAAAGAAAAUGAAAUAAAAAAUGUAUGACCAGUUUAACAAGAAGGUCAUAUAUGUUUAACAUGUUAUAAUGCAUUAUAAACAUGGAAAGCAGAAAGCUAUUCCAGAAUCAUUCUUUUCUCUGACUGAACACUGGAAACCAGCUCAAGCUAGACUCAGGGUACAAGGGAGAUAAAGAGCGAGAGGGGAAAAAGAAAAACUGAAAUACUGUAUGCAAAGUAUGAUGUAUUAUCUUCCAAACCUUUUUGACUUUCCCACUUCAGCGCACAGAUGUAAAAAGAAUACAGAAUGUAUUUCUCCAGUAUGACCACACAAGCUUCUGUACUAUGUAAAUAUCACUCAAGGAACACGGCCAGAAAGCAGGCGCGCUGGACAUGCAACCGUAGCAACAGGAGAGAUGCAUGCUGGGAAGAAUGUGCUGUUUUUGUUGCAUGUUUAUAAAAAGACUCUUGUGCUGCUGAUCACAUGACUUGGGCAUGAUUUUUUUUCCCCCCUCAAAAUAUCACUUUUAAUGAAAAACAUUUCUAUACUAUUCUCCUGGUAUUCAGGAGCAGGCUUUACUUGAACUGAAACCUACAAAAGGACUAUGGCAUCAUCUCAAAAUAUCUCGUUUCUCCUUCCCCAUUAUCGUUAUUAAUGUUCAUGGGCUGUUUAUGCUUAACCACCACAUUAACCUGUUGUAGCCAACCAUCUGUUCGCCAGUAUUGCAAUAUUGUGCCUCAGUAUUGACUUGGUAGGAUUUUCAUAGUGCAUGUUGACUUGUGUGUGUUUAUCAGGAACCCAGUUAUACUCACUCAGUUAUUUUUAUUUUGUAUUAUUUAUUUAUUUAUUGUCUUUUAAUAUAAGUAAACCUGCUAUGGUACGUUACAUCACACUUACUGAAGAGGAAGAUCUACCACAGCACCUAUACUACUGCUAAUUAACAGCAGAUAUGAAUAUUUUAUUAUCUUAGUCUAUUACCAGUUAUCUGUGUGUGUUCCCCUUUACCUCCUAGAGUGAAUUUCUUUUCUUUCUGUCAGCACACAGGCUGUAUACUAUAGUUCUGUCAUAUAACUGUAGCUGCAUUAUGUCCAUUUUACUAUAGAAAUAUAUUAAGAUGACCUUAGAUAAUUAGGUAACUUAGGAACGGUAAAAACACGUAUUAGGAUUCAGGACGACUGUAUGACCUGGACCUAGACUAUAACCAGCUGGAAUCCGUUCUUUCCUUUAGGGUGUUAAGGCAAUAUUCCAAACAUGGUUCUAUAAUUUAACUGACUCAAAUUUAAUGGAUAUCUAAUGAUAACACCAUUAGUGGAGCACUGAACAGAACCAGACUGAUACCACUUGAUUCCAAAAUGAGACUUUUCAGAUGUCACUGUAGAACCUGUGUUUGAAUCAAGAAUGCCCUCACUGUAACAGCCAUCAUUAGUCUAUGAUUAUAUACUAUGUUAUAUACACUAACAUGUCUCACAUAUCCUUUAUUCAUAGGCUAACAUGCCACAUAACUGUAUUACAAUAUGUGUAAUACAAAUAAGUACAGCUGAGUUGCAUGUUUAACCAAAGUUAGUCCCUUUAGUUGUAUAUCAUAGUGUAAUCCUGAGGCAAAGGCACCACACUGAAAAUGGUCUUCCGGGGGUCUUCAGUGUAAUCCCAUAUGCAUGUUUAAACAUUCUUAAAGGGGCCACGUACUACAGAAAGUCUGAAAAAUGAGAAGAUUGAAUAUUAAGAUGCGAGGUAGUUUAGGAUAUUGUUGUUGCCAGAAAAUCUCCUAUAUCCUAUACAAAUUUACAAGAGAGGAAACAUUUAGACUUUCCAACUAAUCAUUACAAAAGACGUUCAAGCAUUUUUAGGUUCUGUAAAGGCUGUAGAAUACCUAGAUCAAAAAGGUAAUGGAGAAUUCAAAUUCUGAAAUGUUAAAACCAUCAGUAAUGGAAAUAGGAUGUUUUCUCGACAGUGAUGUAUAGAUGACAGGCUAAAAGCUUACCCCUGCACUGACACGUAUUGUUAGUUUCCAUCAUUUGCCUUUUUAAGGGCAAUUUCUGUUGCAGGUGUUGCUAAAUAUAUUCUGCUGAAACAGCAAUUUGAUUGAGUUCAACACGGUUCAUCUCCAUGUUUUAAUAAGCUAACACUGGAAAAGAUGCUGUAUGUUGUUUCUGAGGCCUGAUCCCAUAUGAAUUAAGCAUCUCAGGGUGUAACUGUUAAUCUAUGAUCAGCUCUGUCCUGUUCAGGUAAGCAUGUUCACUUGGAUAACACAAGGCAAAAACUGACCCUAGAUCCUGACUCUGAGAGGUUUGAUACAUAUGGUCUCAGAACUGACCUUAGUGCCAGUUGAAUGUGACACAAGAGUGCGAUACUAUACAAUUUGCAACCUUUUGCACAUGCACUGCAAAACUUUCUGUACAGUGUCACUUUUUAAAUCUAGUGCUGUUCACAAAUAAAAUUGUUUUUAAUGCAUUUUUUAAA